UCAACAAAUCAACCACUGUAUAGAAACUGAAAAACCAGGAUUGUUUAGCAAUACUUCAAUACAUAUCAAAUAAAUGUUUAGACUUCUUCUUCCUAUCAAUUGUUGAUCCUGAUUCAGUCAGAGAGAACAUAGUGAGCAGUCACACAUACUUGUUACGAUGAAAGUACUCUGCGGAUAGAGAAGCAAGGAGAAAACUUGAAGAAUUAAAAUGAAGUUUUAUUAGCCUUUGCCCAAAUGCCAUGCUGGGUUGUUGUGUAUGACAUAUGGAAGUUAAGUUAUCAAACUUUUGUAUUUCAAUUACACGGCUACGGAUUACCAACAUAAGAGUUAUGCUUUUUUCGUGUUCUACCGUAUCUGUAAUCUGUGCUGCAAGAAACAAAUAUGGCAGACGAUGCUGGGAAUUGCAUGCUAAUAGAAGAUAAUAUGACAGAUAUGUAUAAUGACAUUAAAAGCAAACUGCCUAAGAUCUUGUGCCUUCAUGGAUAUCGUCAGAAUGGAGAUGUUUUCAAGCAUAAACUUGGGGCAUUGAGGAAAGCUUUGAAGAAACAUGCAAAACUUUUUUUUGUGACAGCUCCUAAUAAACUUCCAUCAGCUGAAGACUCCUCACUCUGCAGUGAGGAUGUCCAAAAAAGUGCUUUUGGAACAGACAUGAUGUUUGAUUCUAAGAAACAAUCUGAUGUUUGUUUGGGUUUUGAGAACAGUUUAGCCCUCAUUGAAGAAACAUUUGAAAAACAGGGGCCAUUUGAUGGCUUGCUUGGAUUCUCCCAAGGAGCAGCAUUUGUGGGAAUAUUGUGUGGAAUGCAAGAAACAAAUUGGUUGAAAUAUGAAUUCAACUUUGCAAUAAUGGUCGCUGGGUUCAAAUCACUGUGCCAUCCUCAUCUUAAUUAUUACUUCAAGCAAUCAUCAGUACCAUCACUACAUGUGUAUGGAACAAAUGACAAAGUCAUCAGUAGAGAAAUGAGCGAGUUGCUGAUGGAGCAUUUUGUUCACACAGAGAUUAUUGAACAUCCAGGUGGGCAUUUUGUGCCUGCUUCUGGCCCGCAGAGACAAGGCUAUAUAAGUUUCCUAGAGGAAAGAAAAUGUGAGGUGGAAAGUGAGGAGAAGAGGAAGAGACUGACAGUCAAGGCAGAGCCUUGGCCUGACCUGUGGGGACUUGAGUCAGAAUCAGGCAAGGCCCUGGGAACUGCCAUGGCGCCCCCCCUCCUCCUGUUGGUUCCCAGGCCCUUGCCUGAUUCUGACUCCAUUCCCCACUGGUCAGGCCAAGGAUCUGCUUUGGCUGUCAAGUCUCCAGUAACUCAGACCAUUUCCAUACACGCAGCUUACUCAUCACCUCGAUGA